AUUCCGAAAAAUAUUUUACACAACAUUAUAAUUUUUUUCCUUCAGUAAAAUAACCAGUGUCGUGUAUAUGUAAAAAAAAUAAUACUGUUGUUUUGACCGGCUGGGAAUCAUGGCGGCGAGGAAACUGACGACUGGAUUGACUGGUUUGGCUGUGGCUACCAGUCCGCAUCAUACAUUGGGUGUUCUUUAUGGCAAGAUCCUGAGAUGUCUGCAGAAAAUGCCAUCUGAUUCUGCCUACCGGCGAUACACAGAGCAGAUUAUAAGCGAUAGGAACAAUCAUGUGAAAACGGAGCCGGAUGUGACAAAAUUGGAGAAAGCAAUCAAUGCAGGCCAAAUUGAGGAAGUUAUAGUGCAAGCCGAGAAGGAGCUGUCCUUGGCACGAAAGAUGUUGGAGUGGAAGGCGUGGGAGCCUCUUGCCCAGGAGCCCCCAAAGGGACAGUGGCAGUGGCCCAUUAAAUAAAAAGUUCCUGCCAGAAUAUUUACCUUUGGUUGUACUUGGUAGAUUUGGAUAUCAUAGUGUGGAGCUUUUGAAUGUACAUUUUACCUGCUAUCUGUAAAUAUUUAUUUUUCCCAGAGUUAAAUUGUGAAGAUCAUGAUUGAUAUGCUGUAUUGAGCUGGCUUUAGAUGGAUGAAAUUAAUUAUAAUACACAGUAUGCAUAUA